AUGGAUUCCGUCGGAAAGCAUGUCAUGACUGCCGUAUUUGGUUUCCCAAACUCCAAAGCAUCCAUGCAAAGAUACGACAGUGCCAUGACCGGGUUAAAUACGUGCUACAAGCAUCUGCUCUCCGAUCCAUCCUUGAGAGAAAUGGUCCAGAACACGAUCGAUGUGACAAAACGUAACAUAGCAAACCUAGUCACAUUUUCUGAGAGCAGAGUUGAUCAGGUAGGAUGGGAGCGAACGAGCAAUGCCGAAACAGUCACCAAAACCAAUGGAGAACAAGUUGUCGAGGCUAGUAUGAUGCACUUAAUCCGGGACUUCAUCGCGGCCAACGCCAACCCAUCUCUCAUCGGCUCUGACUUUGUUGACAACAAUCCUGAAUUCUUCCUGGAUCUUUGGGAUAUGGACAAGGGAUUCAAAUGGCUGGCCACUGGACUUCCCGCUUGGCUUCCCAUUCCUCAAGUCUGGAGAGCAAAGGUGGCUCGCAGUCGUUGUUUCAAUGCCGUUCUUGCAUUUGAAAAGGCUAUGGAAACAGCAGCGAAUGGACAUGACCCAGGCCAAGAAUGGCAAGUUCUCGAAAACGUCGGUCCUGUUCUUACCGAGAGACUCAAACUUUACCGUCAACUCGAUUUUACAAUGGACGAACGAGCAGCUCUGGAUCUUUCCCUGCUGUGGGCGAUGAACGCAAAUGCAAACAUGCUGGUGUUCUGGAUGCUUAACCACAUUUACGCAGACAAGGUAGUCCUCGCCCAGCUACGCGAGGAAAUUGCACCUUUCGUGCACGCUGUCCGACCGAAACAAUUAUUCAACAUGCCAGAACCACCUCGAAUCGAUAAUUUCGAUCACGAAGCCUUGGCAAGUAAAUGCCCAUUGCUAAAAAGCUGUUAUGUUGAGUCUCUACGCUUGGAUACGGCACCUUGGAGUUUCAGAGUCAUGCAGGACGAUCUUGUUCUUCCCACUUCUAGGGACAAGGAUGCUGAGAAGUUUCUGCUGAAGAAGGGGACUUAUGCCCAUAUUGCUCAUGCGAUGCAUCAUACAGACCCUGCUUACUUUGAUGAUCCACAGAUGUGGAGGGCGGAUAGGCAUAUCAAACGUGAGCAAGAUGAUGGAGAGGCCUCUGUCAACAUGGGAACAAUAAGACCAUAUGGUCGAGCAUUUGCUCAAAAAGAGGCUUUGGUCUUUACAGCCGCUUUCAUCAGCAUGUGGGAUAUGGUACCUGUUGGAGAUGGUGCUUGGAAAUUGCCAGGGUACAAACCUGCUACUGGCGUGUAUAGCACGAACGACGAUGUCCGAGUUUGGAUCUCGCGUCGUGAGGAUUUGCCUCAGGUCUAA